CACAAGAUUGCUCUGUGUUACUGACCUAUGUCCAGGACGUUAUCAUUUUACUUAUCGCGUCUUGUCUUCUUGUAUGCUGUUCCUUGGCUAUUGAAACAGCACAGGUCUGUGUGUUUUGUGUACUUCAACUUGUUGAAUACCAAUACCCUGCCCUCUGCGCAAAGAGCACUCAGUGAACAAGGUUCAGGAAGAUAACAAGAGGUGAGUGGCUGACGCAGAGCUCGUGUUAUGUUACCAAAGGCUCAUAUCAGAUUACUGUAGACAGCAGGUUAGGUGACACUGUAGCUGUAUUCAGAUCGCUGUGGCUCGAACAAACCAGGAACUGGAACUAACAAAGGAGUUUUAAAGAAGCUAAAGAAGCUAACAGAGGGCUUCCUGUUGUUUUGAGAAGAGUGUUACCAUGGAUAAGAAGACACAACAUUGCAUGCUGCUGUUGCUGUGUUUGUCAGGGCUUGUUCGCUAUUCAGCAGCCUUCGUGUUUUGGACAGCCGUGGUGGAAAUAAACUACGUUAACAGCAACAAUGUGACUGUGGACAAAUAUUGUGAGUGUGGGGUGUAUGGUCGUAACUCUCCCCUGGAGAAAGCCUCAGGCAUUGUUAUGCUUCCCAAGGGAGACCCCAGAGGCUGUGGCUCAGCUGUCUACAACCGCAAUUCCAGCUCACCGCCUUGGAUAGCCCUGGUUAAAAGGGGCAACUGCACCUUCAAUGAGAAGAUCAAUGCUGCCAAACUUGAAGGAGCAGCUGGUGUGGUGGUGUAUAAUGUGGAUGGCAGUGGCAACAGCACCACUCACAUGGCACACUCAGAUGCAGCUGGUAUUGUGGCUAUCAUGAUUGGCAACACUCAGGGCAUGGAGGUUGUCAGGUUGGUGCAGAAUGGGACAGAUGUUCAGAUGCUUAUUGAUGUAGGCAGCCCUCAUGGACCCUGGAUGGACACCUACUGGCUUUACUUCCUGUCCAUCGCCUUCUUCAUUGUGACAGCAGCCUCUAUCACCUACUUUGUGUUUAUCUCUGCAAAUCGUCUCUACAAUCUGAAUAUGCAUAGGCGCGCUGAGAGGAGGCUGAAAUCGGAGGCUAAGAAGGCCAUUGGGCGUCUACAAGUACGCACACUCAAGAGAGGGGAUGAGGAAACUACUUCUGACUCCCAUAUGUGUGCCGUAUGUAUUGAAUCCUACAAGGCAGGCGAAGUGGUGACAGUGCUAACAUGUGAUCACAUCUUCCACAAAACCUGCAUUGAGCCAUGGCUGCUGGAGAGGAGGACCUGCCCUAUGUGUAAGUGCGACAUCCUGAAGGCCCUGGGGGUUGAGGAGGAGACAAAAGAGAGCAUUUCUGUUGAAUCACCACCAGAUGUCACUGUGAUCACAGUGACAGAAGAAUCCUUGUACGAGGUACCACUGACCGACCCACCUAGCCCUGACCCAGAGAGAUAUCAGCAUCUCUAUGACAACAGGGCCUUCGAGGGAGAAUCACAGGCCGCAAGAGGAUGAAUUACAGCAACACAAACAAAACAGCAACAAACCAGGACACAGUAAAAUUCCCUGUUCGAAAAAUAUAUUUUCAAAACAAUUCCAAGGAUUUAGAACCUUGUAAUUAGCUUGGAUGUCAUUGCAUUUUCUGUGUGUCUGUCUUGCAACUGUGUAGGUAUUGGGUGUGUUCAUAAAGCUACCUUUAGAUGGUCAGAAUAGAUUCUGAGAACUGAGUAGUCCUAGAUUGUGGUCAGUGUCAAAUUUCUGUUUUGCAUAGUGAAAACACCAGCUGAACACUAGUUAGGGAGGAAGUGCAGCAGUGCACAUAACAAUCUGUUUGAAAUUUCCUUCCACAAAAAGCUUAAUGGCUUGCAUUGUUCACAAGCCCUCACAAUUGACCACUGUCUUUUUUAUUCACAGCAGAGUCUGUUUCUCCUAAUUCAGUUAAUUUAAACAAUUUGACUUUGUUUCUGCUCUUUUAAAAUUGAAGUGUGUUUUCCAUUUUAAGUAUCAGGUUGUCAGGCUCGAACACACCCUUAUGAACACACCCUUGACUAGAAAUGCAGCAUGACACACAUUGCACUGCGAUGAGUGAUCACCUGAGGGGCUGGGGCUCUUUAUAAACAUGGUCUGUAGGAACAUGUUUACCACAUACCAAAUAAGAAUUUUCAAGCCCUUUAUAAUUUGUAGCUGCUACUUUUGAAAAAUUGAAAGUCCCUCAGUAGUAUGGCAAUGCAGUAAAUGUCAUAGGUUCUGUAGAUUAUUUAUGCAUCCAAAGAAUGUUAACUUGACUAUAGGGAAAAUUAUCUUUAUGUGUACUGUUUUUUGAAAUUAUAUGUAUUGAGAUAGAUUUAUCAAUCAUGAAGUUCUACCUGUUUAAGUAAUAUAUAACAUGAAUAGUUCUUCUCUAAAAAGCUUAUUUUCAUAUACAGAUUGUUAUUGUUGGACAGGUCUUCCAGGUUUUUCCUUGAAAUUAUUUGAAAUGGAGAUUAUUCAGUCCUUGUGGUCUACCUCUGAACUCUCACAUGGGUAAAUUUUGGAACAUAUUUAAGAUUCUUACAAUUUCAUGAUUAAGUGUGUCCCUUUGUAAAUGAUAAAGCUAAAGACCUGUUUCAUUUCUUUGUUUGCUGGUGAGGAUAUGAUGAUUUUGGUACUUAAAAUAUUUUUCUGCAUUGAAUCAUUUUCACUACUGUUUUACAGAUUCCAGGAGUCUUCAAUUGUUAUGUAAAAAUGAAUAUUACUUGCUGUUUUAAAUCACAUUGAUGCUUAUUAGAAUGCAAUAAAUCCCUCAAAAUGAGGCCAACUUUAUGAGCAUA